AUGCCCUCCCGCUCCCUGGCCCACCAAACCUCCCUGGGGACAUGUCCUCUAUUUUUUUUUUUUCUUUUUAAUUCAGUGGUUCAGAGCCAAGUUUCCUAUCUCCCCAGAAGCCCCAGCUCAUCUCCAUCUCCUACCAGCCAGGGGGCGUCUCCCCAUCCCCCACGCCCCCGGGGGCGCAGUGAGAAGCCCGGAUUCUCCCAGGAACUCAGGCUCCCCCAGACGCCCUCCUCCAGCCCGGGACUCACUCCCUCUCCCAGCCCAGGCCCUCCCGGCUCUGCCCCGGCCCAGGCCCGGCCCCAUCCUCCCCUUCGCCCAAGCAGGCCUCGUCCCGCUCCGAGUUCUUCCCGCUGCGUCCUCGCACGGCGCCCCGGCUCCGGAGGGGAGCCCCUCGGGCCUCGAGAAGCCGGCGGAGCCGGCAGGCCCGGGCUCCACUCACCCCUCAGCCCGGGAGGCGGCGGAGCUGCUGCGGCGGCUCCUCGGGCUGCGCCUCUCCUCCCCCCUCCCGGCCGCCGCCGCCGUGGCCGCCGCUCAGCCUCCGGCCUGCUCCCGGCCGGCCUCGGACCGGCUCCGCUUCACCUCGUCCCCAACUCCGGCCGCCGGAGCCCAGUGUCCUGCAUUGACCCGGAAGCAGCUUUCCCGGCCCAACAACAACACGUGACCCCGCCGCACGUGUCACGUCCGCUGCGUGAAUGGGAGGGGGCGCCAGGAGGAGCGGGUCCUCCAGGACCAGGCUGGGGUUGCCAUGGCGACGGGGAUGUCUUUGCCGGCCUAGUCAUCGCUAGAAGCACCUCAUCUGCUCUCUUUCUUGCCCGUCAUGAGGGGACAAGCUGGGUGCAAAGGAGGAGAACAGGCAUGGAAGAAGGAUGGUGCUGGCUGAUCCGGAAGAGAAUUCAGCCUUGUAUGGUUAUGCUCGCUGAAGAGCUGGGAGCUGACAAGGUCCACGUGCAUAAGAGAACAGAGCAUCUUUCUGCCACCUUUGGAUGAAUGGCUUUGGAGGCAUUAAGAUUAUUAGCAUGACUGGUAUCUAAAGUAGCCUCAGUGACAAGUACCAUGAGAAGAGCUGAGUGAAAUAUGCACAGAGGACGAAGAACAAGGUGGAUGCUGCAUGGAUAACUUAACUGAUAGGCUGACUUGUGAGCUCAGGCACCCUUGGGGACACCCAGAAGUACUUAGGAAGUUAGAUGUCCUGUGAGCAAGUAGGAAAAAAGGCAACAAAUGUGGGUUAUCCCUGUUAAUAAAUACUGUA